AUGGCUCUGAUCGGAGAAGAGGACUACACCUAUAUUUACAACGAUCUUUCUCACCCUGUGGACUUCCUGCAGGCUUUCAGAACAUUUUACCGGGAUGGCUUAUUUACUGACAUUACUCUUCAGUGUGCGUCUGGUGUGAUCUUCCUUUGCCACAAAGCUGUUUUAGCUGCUUGUAGCAAUUAUUUUAAGGCAAUGUUCACAGCUGACAUGAAAGAAAAAUCUAAAAAUCAGAUCAAACUUCCUGGGCUCAGCCACACUAUAUUGGAGGCUCUUGUGAAUUAUGCAUACACAUCACAAAUCCAAAUAACAGAGAGAAAUGUUCAAAGUCUCCUCCAAGCUGCGGAUCUACUCCAGUUUGUGUCAGUAAAGAAAGCCUGCGAGCAGUUUCUGGUAAGGCAUGUAGAUACUGUCAACUGCAUAGGGAUGCACUCCUUCGCAGAGUAUCACCUUUGUUCAGAGCUAGAGAAAGAAUCUAGGAGGAUAUUGUUAUCAAGAUUUGAAGAAGUGUGGAGGCAGGAAGAAUUUCUGGAUAUCAGCUGUGAGAAACUCCUGUUUAUUCUCUCCAGAGAGAAUCUCAAUGUUUGGAAAGAAGAGGCAGCCAUAGAACCUGUAGUUAAAUGGAUAGCAUAUGAUGUGGAGAAAAGAAUUGAAUGCAUUUUUGAUCUGCUGAACUGCCUCAAAAUAGAUUUAAAUGAAAUAUAUUUAAGAUCAGCCUUAAGCUUACGAAAGAAAUACCAGCUUAAUGAAAACAAGAUAAGGUCUCUGAUAUACAAUGCAUUAAACACCAACCCAAAAGACAUUUCCAAAAGGCCCACAGCAGCUAUGUAUGUGAUUGGAGGAUAUUACUGGCAUCCUUUAUCAGAAGUCCAUGUGUGGGAUCCUUUAACUAAUGCUUGGAUACAGGGAACGGACAUGCCUGAUCACACAAGGGAGAGCUAUGGGGUCACUAGUUUGGGACCCAACAUUUAUGUAACCGGGGGCUAUAGAACUGACAACAUAGAAGCCCUUGAUAUUGUGUGGAUAUAUAACAGCGAAACUGACCAAUGGACAGAAGGCUGCCCCAUGCUUAAUGCAAGGUACUAUCAUUGUGCAGUUACCUUGGGCGGCUGUGUCUAUGCUUUGGGGGGCUACAGAAAAGGGGCUCCAGCACAAGAAGCAGAAUUCUAUGAUCCUUUAAAAAAGAAAUGGGUUCCCAUUGCAAACAUGAUCAAAGGUGUUGGAAAUGCCACAGCCUGUGUCCUGUGUGAAGUCAUCUAUGUAAUUGGAGGCCACUAUGGUUACAGGGGAAGCUGCACCUAUGACAAAAUUCAGAGCUACCAUUCAGGUAGCAAUGAAUGGAGAAUAGUCACUACAAGUCCACAUCCAGAAUAUGGAUUGUGUUCCAUUGCCGUACAAAACAAGCUCUAUCUUGUGGGUGGACAAACCGCAAUCACUGACUGCUAUGACCUAGAACAAAAUGAAUGGAGGCAGAUGGCGCAUACGAUGGAAAGAAGGAUGGAAUGUGGUGCAGUUGUCAUGAAUGGAUGCAUCUAUGUAACAGGAGGAUAUUCCUAUUCAAAAGGAACAUAUCUGCAAAGUAUUGAGAAAUAUGAUCCUGAGCUUAAUAAAUGGGAAGUAGUCGGCAAUCUUCCCAGUGCUAUGCGUUCACAUGGUUGUGUCUGUGUGUACAAUGUCUAA